AAGUGAACAUUUCAAUCAGUGCUGUGAAAAUGUAUCUAAUUGAGUGUGACGAUGAUGCCUCUUUGUGCAUUGUAGAGGAUCACGAAAUAAUUUGUGACGAUGAAAGUGUACAAAUUGGAAAUAUAGUACAAUUUGUUUAUCAAAAGAAAUUAUACGAAGGAAAAAUAAUUAUGCACUCUGACAAUAUAACGAUUUUAAGAGAAGAAGUAAAAAAAUUGGGAGCCAAAAAAAUGAUAAAUAAGACGCAAAGUGACAUAAUUUUAUCAGAGACAAGAAUACGUAAAAAGCCAAAAAUUUAUUCCCCAAAUGGAUCCGACAUUACUCAAGAAAAGUUGCCAAAUAAAAGGAAACUAAAAAGGAAUGCCAAAAAUUGGAAUAAACCAAAAGAAAGUAAACAAUCUCAACAAUCCGUAUCAAAGUUGAUGAAAGAAAAUCAAUGCUUAAUGAAAGAACAUUGUUUACAAAAUUGUUCUUCUACUUCAUCAGAAGAAGAAAGCUUAUUGAAAAAUAAAAAACAGAAGGAUUAUUCAUGUAAUAAGCAACGAGAUAUUAAUGCUUUAAAAAUCAUUAAUAACAAUUCAUUGGAAUCCUUUGACAAAAAUGUGACUACAGUUAAACAAUUACCAAACAAAUCAAGUAUUCAAGAAAUUAAUUGUCGAGAUAAUUUGAGACUAAUUUCAGACGAAAAUAGUACUUCAUCGGAAGAAGAAAGAUUAUCGGAAAAUGAAAAACAGGAGGUUCAGUAUUCACGUAAUAACGAUGACUGUAAAGAGAUUUAUGACCCUGUUAUUGCUGCUGCAAAAAUGUUAACUAAACCUGAUCAGCUUUAUGGAAAAUAUUGGCCCCAUGAACCAAUGAUACUACUUAUAAACGACGUUUACUGUCGAAAAAGAAUUUGGAUGUCAGCUUUAGGAAAUUCUAAAGCAGUGACACAUCUUGCUCGACGAUUGAUUGUGGGUGUGUUUAAAAAGGAAAAACUACUAAAAUGUACUCUCAGUGGUCAACCACCCAGAGCACAAGGCAAAGAGAGACAAAACGAAGAGAUUGAGGGUCUUGACGUAAGAGCAAAAGAUGCAAUUAUUGAUUACGCAAUAUUAAUGGGUGAAUCCAAAAAUUGGAACGUGCCAGAUAGACGAGUCAUAGAGCGUAGCAUGACUCAACAAAUCGGACGGUUAAAGUUGGAGUUAAAACAAGCUCUUGUAAGAGAGCAGGACUAAUUUACUAUUUUUGUUUUAUGUUUAUUUUGAUAAUUUAAAUAAAUAAUUUUUUAUGUAAUUAUCGUGCAAU